AUGCUUUCCGCAUUUACAGCCCGGCCGAUCAUAGAGCUAAAGCCGGGGGUAAAGUCCAAGAUUGAGACAAUCCUCGCGCAUGGCGAUCGUGUGUUCGUCGGCCUUAACAAUGGUGUCCUUCGUAUCUAUCGAGUGAAUGAGCUCCCGUCUUCGUCACCGACCAAGGCCAAUGGCUCUCAACUGACCGCGACGAGCCCACCGAAGGCGACCGACGACCCUAAGCCGACCCAACAGCCCAAGAAACCCACAGAUCUGCUUCGCGAAAUCGAGAAGUUUUCGAACAGAGCAAUCGAUCAGCUUGCAGUCAUCAAAGAAGCCAACACACUUGUCUCGCUGUCGAACUAUUACGUCUCGCUGCACGAUCUCGGAACCUAUGAACCCCUCGAAACUCUAUCACGAACAAAGAACGCAACUUGCUUCGCCGUAACAUCAAACAUCGUCAAGGAUGCAGCCACAGGAAUACCAGAGAUUAUCAGUCGUUUGGCGGUGGCAGUUCGUCGCCGCCUGCUACUGUGGAGUUGGCACGAGAGCGAGUUGGGCACUGACGUGGGUGAGGUUACCCUGCCGGAAUCGAUACGAACCGUGACCUGGGCCAGUGCGACAAAGGUCGUCUGCGGAAUGAACUCCGGAUACGUCAUGGUUGACGUGGUUACCCACGACGUCGAAGAUAUCAACAGCCCCGGUCCUGCAGCAUCGGGCGGGCAAGCCAGUCGGUUUGGAGCUGUCAGCAGUGCAGGCAUGGGCUAUAUGGGUCUCGGAGGUUACAUGCCCAAGCCGCUUGCUGCAAAGUUGGCAGAAGGAGAGCUGCUACUCGCCAAGGAUAUCAACUCCAUGUUCAUCACCGAUGAAGGUAAGCCUGUCGAAAAACGACAGAUUCCAUGGCAAUCGGCUCCGGAACAGAUCGGGUACUCGUACCCUUACAUCCUAGCAUUGCAACCUCCGUCCAAAGGCUCUCUGGAAGUAAGAAAUCCAGACACUCUGCACCUGCUGCAGACUAUCCCGCUCCCUGGCGCGGCGCAACUUCACUUCCCGCCCCCCAACCUCAGUCUUGCUCAUGCGGGCAAAGGGUUUCACAUCUCUAGCGACCGAUGCGUGUGGAAGAUGGGCGCUACUGACUACGACGCGCAAAUCGACGAACUGGUGGAGAAGGGCAAAUUCGACGAGGCCGUUAGCAUUCUGAACAUGUUGGAGGACGCUCUGCUGCAGAACAAGAAAGAGACUCUCCGAGAGGUCAAGAUGUUGAAGGCCGAGACUCUUUUCAGGCAAAAGAGGUUUUACGACUCCAUGGACCUCUUCAACGAAGACGACGUUCAUGCACCGCCCGAGCGAGUAUUGAAGCUUUUCCCGCCUUCCAUUGCUGGAGAGAUGUCCGGUUGGGCGCAUGUCGUACAGCCAGAAGAAUCCGGCAGUGACGAAAAAGAGGGCGAGGAAGAACAUCAUGAGAAGGCAAACGGAGAGAAGUCCGUCAAGGAAGACACAACUGCAACCCCUACAUCACCUGCGAAAGGGGGCGUUGGCUUUGCCAAGCUGUUCAUGGGACACCGAAAGCCUGUACAGUCGGACGCUGCCUCGAUCAUGUCCAAGAAGGACACGAUAGAUGUCGAGGAAACAGGCAGCAGCCGAAACAGGCCCGGGGACAACCAGCCCUUGGAAGGGGAUGACCUUCGGGACGCCGUCAGAUCUUUGGCUGGCUAUCUCGUUGGAACAAGGACGCGCUUGCAACGGGUCAUUGACCCGAGUACCGGCAAGCUGAAGCGAUCUGAUACUAACGGGUCUACCGAGGAGGCAAUGAAAAGUUUCAUGUCGGGGCCGCACGUCGAAGAAUCAAGCAGCCAGCUCGAGGGGGAAAUUCGAAGGACAUCGAGAAUUGUCGACACAGCUUUAUUCCGAAGCUACAUGAUGACCAGCCCUUCCCUGGCCGGCCCCCUUUUCCGACUUCCGAACUUCUGCGACCCGGACGUUGUGAACGAAGCGCUGCUCGCUCACAGCCGAUACAAUGAGUUGGUAGACUUUUUCAGUGGCAAGAAGCUUCAUUCCCAGGCACUGGAGCUCCUCAAGCGCUUCGGGACCGCCGAGGAACCCGACGAAGCCGCGCCAGGUCUACACGGGCCUCAACGGACUGUAACCUAUCUGCAGACGCUACCACCGUCCGAGAUCGAUCUCAUUUUGCAGUACUCGGAAUGGGUUCUCAGAGCAGACUCGAAAUUGGCUAUGGAGGUAUUCAUUGCCGAUUCCGAGAACGCCGAGACAUUGCCUCGAGCUCGGGUUGCGCGCUUCCUGGGAGGAAUUGAUCCAAGUCUCGAAGUUCAAUAUCUGGAGCACAUCAUCACCGAGCUCGACGAAUCAACACCAGACUUUCACAAUCGUCUGGUCGAGCUAUUCAUCAAGCAGUUGAAAGACAAGAAGCGAAAUGACGAUUGGGACGCGGCGAUGGACCGCUUCGUGCAGUUCCUCAAGACCAGCAGCCAGUACAGCCUUAUCAAGGCAUUUAGCCUUAUUCCGCGGGAUGAUCCCGCCUUUUACGAGGCUCAGGCCAUUGUGCUGAGUAGCAUGGGCUCGCACAAACAAGCUCUAGAGAUAUACGUGUUCAAGAUGAAGAAUUAUGCGAAAGCAGAAGAGUACUGCAAUCAGGUGCACAAGUCGAAGGAUUCCAGACCUUCAUCCCCGGAUCGGUCACGACGACCCUCGUCGGCAGGCGACGCCGAAGACGCAUCUCCGUCUAUCUACCACACGCUUCUCUCGUUGUACCUUACACCUCCACCGCCCCACAAACCGGCGCACGACCCGGCCCUCGAGCUACUUUCGAGACACGGAUCACGUCUACCGGCAGCUUCGACGCUGUCUCUGAUUCCCGACGAUCUCCCGGUCCGCGAUCUGGAGUCGUACUUCCGUGGCAGGAUUCGGUCUGCUAACAGCGUAGUGAACGAAUCGCGCAUCGUGGCCCGGCUGCGAGACACGGAGUUGGUGUCGACACAAGCGCUGUUGCUCCUUGGCGAUAGCAUCCCUGGCGGGCAGGGUGGUCGCAACAGAAGGGUGGUGAUUACGGAGGAGCGCCUCUGCGGCGUGUGUCACAAGAGGCUGGGCGGUAGCGUGGUGUCGGUCCUGCCAGAUAACAAUGUCGUCCACUACGCUUGUCUCAACAAGGCAUCGUCGCAGAGACCUCACAGCUCGCGAGCGGGGAGCUGGGCUCGGAGGUUUUCGUGA